AUGGGCGACUUGAGCGCCGACUAUAUCGUCGUGGGAAGUGGCGUGACCGGAUCCGUCAUAGCCUCCCGCCUUAGUGAAAGCAGCCCAAAACUCAAAGUGAUUCUCUUCGAAGCUGGAGCUGACCCUUCUGGUGAGCCUGCGGCAGCUGGAUUUCUGAGUGGUCUGGCGCUGCAGAAUGGUCAAUUCGACUAUGCAUCUGCCAGCGAGCCAGUUCCGACAACUGCCAACCGUAUGCACACCCUUAGCGCCGGCAAAGCUCUAGGCGGCGGCAGCAUUCUCAAUUACGGUGGUUGGCUCCGCGCCGAUGCAGCGGACUAUGACGAAUGGGCCGACGUUGUCGGCGAUCGGCGUUGGAGUCACGAGGGUCUCAAGCCGUGGCUUCGCAAGUCCGAGUCCUAUUACGAUCGGGCCGCAGACCCCGAGGAACACGGCUUUGACGGAAACAUGCACGUCACCUCCAUCUCGGCCUCUGAGUCUGGCGAACGCAAGUAUCCGCUGCGUGAGACGGUCAAAGAUGCGUGGCUCGAGCUCGGGGUACCACUGAACCUGGAAAAGAAGGAUGGCUUCAUCGGAGGUCUCACUGAAAUGUAUGAAAACUCCCGUGAGGGCAUGCGUCAGCCGUCGAAUACAGCGUAUUCAUUGGCCGGUGUCGAUGUGCAUACUGAAACAGCGGUGCACAAGGUCAUAUUCUCGGGCACGACUGCGAUGGGAGUCCAGCUGGUAGAUGGCCGCAAGGUGUCGGCGCGAAAAGAGGUGAUCAUCUGCGCCGGCGCCUACCGCACUCCCCAGCUUCUGAUGCUGUCGGGUAUUGGUCCUUCUGACGUGCUAAAAGAACAUGGCAUACCUCUGGUGCACGAGUCCUCUCACGUUGGGCAAAACCUUCAUGACCAUUUUGCCAUUUACUUGGCCUUCCGUCUGCGAGACCCGUCUCUGGGCUACGCCCUAGGCAGCCCUUUGUGGCAGAACCCUGCGCUGUACAAAGCGCUGCCAUGGGACUGGAUCGUUAGCCAGGCGCUGCCGUCAGAGAUUAUUGGUCGACAUGAGAAUGCGAAGAACAAGGAAAAGCGCAAUCUUUAUGAGAUCCUUACCGCAUACGUGCCGCCUGGCAUACCCGGAAUUCCAGUCGAUGGGACACAUAUAGCCACUUCGACGAUGUUGCUUCUUCCCAACUCCCGUGGCUCGGUGUCAAUCCGAUCAGCCAAGCCAGAUGAUGCUCCGCUAGUCAGGCCGAAUUACCUCUCUACACCAUUUGAUACGGACACGCUCGUCCAUGCUACACGCCAAACGCUGAGACUGAUGCUGGCAACAGAGCAUAUGAAGCCCAUAGUCGAGGGAGAGACCCCGCCGUCAGGUGAUGGUCUAGAUGGUUUGCAACCAAUCACUAUUGAUUCGACUGAUGAAGAACUCGAGGAACGCAUUCGACGCACGGGGAUGCAGCACUCCCAUUCUGGUGGUACUGCGGCUAUGGGGUCCGUGGUUGAUGGGUAUGGAAAAGUCCUUGGUGUCGACAGAUUGAGGGUUGCGGAUGCGAGUAUCGUGCCCAUACCUCUGGGCGGGCAUCCUCAGGCCACCUUGUACGCAAUGGCUGAGCAACUCGCUAGUGACAUCUGUGAUGCAGCUCACACUGAUUAA